AUGGAGGAGCAGAGGCAGGAGGAGCGGAGGACCGUGUCGACGACGUGCGGCGGGCGGCGCGCGAGGGCGGAGACGCGGCACCCGGUGUACCGCGGGGUGCGGCUGCGGGCGGGCAAGUGGGUGUCGGAGAUCCGGGAGCUCCGGAAGCCCACCAGGAUCUGGCUCGGCACGUACCCGAAGCCCGAGAUGGCCGCCGCGGCCUACGACGCCGCCGCAUUGGCGCUGCGGGGCGCCGGCACGGCGCUCAACUUCCCCGACGCCGCCAUGUCGCGGCCGGCGCCCGCGUCCGCGUCCGCGGAGGACGUCCGGGCCGCGGCUGCUGCGGCCGCGGCCGCGAUGGCGGACUUGGACAGCCGACACGGAAGAAGCGGUACUCGGCACGACGAGCUGCAUGGACACAGUUGUGGCGGUGCUGACGAGAUCAUGCGCCACGGCGGCGGCGCAGGCGGCGCCAUGGCGGCGGGCGUCGUGGACGAGGACGACCUGUUCGAGAUGCCGCGGUUGAUGUUGAGCAUGGCAGAGGGGUUGAUGAUGAGCCCGCCGGUGCUGGGCCCUGCGGCGGCGGCGAUGGAAGCCGACGAGGAAGGCGUCAGCCUGUGGGAUCACUCCUGA